AUGAAGAACUUCGCCAAGAAAGUCUCCAUCUUUGUGGCUGACGCUGCAAGCAGUGAGCAAGGGUCUGGAAGAGAAGCCGGCCGCGCGCUGUUUCCAAACCUGCUGACAAUUCAGCGCGACCGGAGCCACGCUGCGACACGGGUCUUCAAACGGCCAUGGGAGGCUGACUCUGAAAUUUCUGGGCUGCUGCAAACAUUUGUCUUCGACAAAACUUGCAUAUGCCGCAAGAUUGAGAAUUCACCUGUUCUACAGGGGGUGUUCGCGAGGUAUGUGCAGCAGCAAGGUGGCAAUGUGGCAUCCAGCCGGAAAAGCUUGCAGGCUGCAAAGCAUCGUUUUGCCAGUUACAGCCAGCCGCUUGGCAGACUGAUCUUACAUUGGGAUGCCGUGCUGAGCACCCUGAUUUGGGUUUCGGCAAACCGCGAUGGGGACGAAGCCAAACAAGCAACUGACUUCCUUGCUGAGUUGUCAGAGGAGCGCCUUGUUCUUCUCUCGAUGGCAGCUGACCUGGCAGAUGAGUGCAUUUGCUUUGUGCGCCUGUAUGACCGUGAGUCAUAUGACGUCAGCGAGACAGCCUUUGAGGUCUCGGCUUUCCUCUCAAGACUCCACCACCUGGUCAAUGAGGGUGGCAUCCUGCAGCAGGGCUUCACUCUCCACAUGCUCCGCCAGCUCGACAAGCAAACAGCCUUCAUGGCCAAGGGUGUGCCCAAGGUCCUGGGCGGCCCACGGCGAGUGUCGUCAGAGAUGCUCCUGCAGAUGGUUCAGCGGCUUCAGGUCUUCGUCGCCCUGGCAGUGGACACUGUCAAGGCAGAGUUUCCUGGCCAUGACAUUGUGAUGGCGUUCAACGCCUUUGAUGUUUCAAAGGCCCACACAAAUCGCCGGAUGGCAAGCAGAGAGAACCACCAGGAAAACGCCAAGACAAGUUUGGAGCGCAUCGCCAAUGUUCUGCUUUUGCCUGCCCAGACGCUGCACGACCAAUACCUGGACAUCCUGCCAAUCGCUCUCCAUGAGGCAGCUACUUCUGGCAGGCCGUUCGAGUCGUGGCGCAACGCCGUGCUGCGGGCACGCAAGGGGAAGGGCAGCGGUCAUCCCACAGACGUUCUAGGCCAGGCGCUGGCCUACUAUGGGGCUUGGAAUGGCCUGACUACCUCGGGGGUGGAGCAGGGGUUCUCCAAGAUCGAGCGUCUGAUCCCCAAAGACCGGCGGCUCAUGGCAGAAGCAACCAAGGACACCGAGCUGAGGCUGCUGUUCCAUGCGGAGGACCCGGACGCGCUAUGCAAACAAGCAGUGCAGGUGUGGCUGCAGAAUUUUGGAGCACCUCGCUCAUCUGCGCUGGACAGGAUUGACAAAGGAGUCCCUCGCAAGCGACCAGUCGAUGACGACGAGGCUGUUCGGCUUGUCGGGUUUAAGUUUGUGCGGCGGUGGUGGCUGAAGCAAAAGCGACGUUCUGUCGUUGGCAAGCGAGCCGCCCUGGUCUCGGCAGAUGAGGCGCAGCACGCUGCACAGCAAGGAAGCGAGGGGCUGUGGGACGCAAGCCUCCUGGCCGAGCAGUCUUUUCAGCAAAGCAAGCAGUACAAGUGCCGUGUCCAGUCCCUGCUGGAAGGAGCGCUGCUUGAAGGCGAGAUCGACGAUGACCUGCUGGAGGUCACCCAAGCCUUCCAAGCCAACGUUGCCAAGAACAACCGUGACCGUGUCACCAAGGAAAGGCAGCGAGCAAGUUUAAUUCGCCCGGCCAUGGUCAAAAACCUCCAGACAAGCACUUUCUGGCUCGAGAACGCUGAGCUGGCGAAGCUUGACUGUGCCAAUCCUGCGCUUGUCCGUGCGCGCCCCGAGGAAGCUGACAACUUCAUCGUGUUGAACCCAGCCAACCCGCCAGAAGCAGUGCUGUGGACAGCCGCCUUGCAAGGGGGGUAUGUCGCCAACAAUAUGUACUUCAUGACUGGCGGCGCCCAGGGCAUCGCCUUUGACUUUUUUCCUGCGACCGCAGUCAAGAGAAGCGUGUUCAUCAGCCACUGCUUUGUCCGGGAAGAACCUGAUCUUGCACGCAUUCUGCGGUGCGCGUGCGGGCGUGUCUUGUCACGCUGGGCCUUGCUGACUUCCGUAGAGGACUUUGUCCACAUGACCACCAGGGCCGCCGGCCCCCAGGUCAAGAACCCGAAGCGCUAUGCUGUGAUAGCUGUCAUGAGCGAGCAAGCUGCAAUCCGGGCAGCUGAGCACAAUGGGCUCAAGCCAGUAGCGGGGCUCGUCGUCGCAGCAAUCAUGGCGCCGAAGAAGGCCAAGGCAAAGGCCAAGGCCGCGGCGGCUGCGGCUGACGUGGUGCUGGUUCAUGGUCCAGCGGUUCCGCCGCCGCAGGACAAUCUGAACAUGGAGUACCACCAUGAGCUGGAGCAGGCGGUGCAGGAGAUUUUGGCCUGUCCAACCUUCGCCGACCUGCCCUCUGCAGACCCAGUUGGAAUCUCUGGGACCGCAUCUGCAGAAGAUGCUGGGUGGAAGGCCACUUUCAGCGCGGAGGCCUACCAGGCCGCAAUGCAGACGGCUGGGGUGUACGAGGCCGCCGGCAACAUCUUCUGGCUGAACCUCCGCGGGUCCGCGACGCCUGGCGUCCCGAUUAAUGCAACCGCCGUCAAAAACCUCCAGCGCUCCCACUUCAAGGGUCCGGCGCACUUCGACGGCUCGGUGGCUGUGGCAGUGCCGAAGAAUUUGGCCCUUUCCUUUGGCAACCUACGGAGGGUGUCGCCUGAGGAGCCAGAGCACGCGAUGCUCUUCGCCGUCCGGGACGCCAUCCGGGCAGGGGAGGCUGAGAAGACACUCAGGAGCUGGAGGUCAAAGCUGCUGAGUGUCACGAUCCGCUUUGAGAUCAUCGAGACAGAGCAAGACAUGUUCUUUCGAGCAGUCAACCUCCGCAACAAGGUCAUCGAGGAGUACGAAGCCUUGGUGCGAACGGCAGUGGGCCGUGUGUUCGAGCUGGUCGCCUUUCGCUCUUCCAUGCAGGCCUCGGGCGUGUCUGGCGCAGAGGAGCUGUUCAAGGCGUGGGAGGCCAAUGUGAGGCAGACGCGCUCGCACUUGGCGGAGACAGUGACGCUCAACUUUGUCGAGACAGCCUUCAAGGUCUACGACAACUUGCUGGGCGACAAGAAGUUGCGGGCCUCAGUGAUGCGCAUUGAGGAGCGCUAUGGCAAGAUGUCACCGUGGGUGUGGAUGACCAACUUGGAUGCGGUGGUGCUCAAGAGCAAGACUCCGCAGCUCAUUGAGUGGGUACUUCUCAUGGUGGAACACCUUCUCUUGACGGAGCAGAUGAGCUGCAAAGAUUUCACGAAGCGCACCCUGAUACCACAGAAGCAAAAAGGCUUGCUUGAUCUGUGGGUCUUCAAGAACGACCUCAUGCGCUACAUGGUGAACAACCUCCUGCCCAAGAUUGAGCUUACCGCUGCGCAGCGGGAGGUGCUGGCGUCGCUGACCGUGGCAGAGGAGUUGCGCAGCAAGAACAAAAACAAGCAGUGGCAAGGAACUCUCCCCGAAAGCGCCAGGCUUUGGGUCACGUUCCUGACCAACGUGGUCUUCGGCGUGGGCUCUGAUGGAUGUUUGAAAACCACCUUGAAGGCGACGAGUGACAUCAAUGAGUUCAUUGCCAACAAUACUGCUGUGGCUGAGGCUUUUUCUGAAGUCGAAGAAAAGGCCAGAGCUGAGCAAGGUCGGCCGGAACAAGCCUCGGGCGGCAGCAGCGCAGAAGUUCAAACGCAAGCCUUGUGCGGCGUCGGCGGCAUGGAGGUUUCGCUGACUGAGCUGAUCACACCCGAGCAGGCGAAUCAGGAUGACGGGCAGCUGGAGGCCUGGUUCGAGUUUAUGAACACCAAGAUCGAUCAGUUUUGCAAGUUCAUCGUCGACCGAGGAGCAGCCAGCAUGACCAAUAGCGCCCUUGCCGCAGAGCUGAAGGAGAACAGCGUGCUGGCUGAAAUAAAUGGGCCAGCGCUGCUGCUAUAUGACUCGAAAACAGCAGGGGAGGCGAGCAGCAACGCAAACGUGAGGCUGCCGCCCUUCCGUGCCCAACACCUGAAGCGAAUGGCCCAGGCCUUCAUCAAGGCCCGUGACCAGGGGGGCGAUGACAUCGAUCAGCAGGAGGAGCUCCGCGACGGCGACAUCAUCAUGGUGCUGGACGGCGGAAGGCAUGGAAACGAUGGCUCCAUCCAGGGCAGCUUCACAAAGAUCUCCGGGGAGUCGAUCACCAAGGUGAAGCAAGCCUUUACGGUAGUAUAUGACGAAGAAAGUGUAGGAGAGAGAAGAGAACGCGUUCGCGGGUUUGUGACCUGCACAGAGUCACUCUACGCCUUCACGAGGACAGGCUUAGCCAUGGAGCGGCGCCCGCGGAAACACUUUCCAGGCACAACGACGAUGGGGUCCGUCAUUGGGCCAAUUCAGUCGCUGGCAUGGACCGACGAAAACUGCUGGAAGGAGCAGCCCAAGGUCAAGAAGGAUAUUUUCACCAAGGAGCACAAGGUCCUGGUGGGGGGAGCGGUGGAGGCAACUGCUGCCCAAGCUACGAAGCCAAGCUUCCCCGACGACUCAGAGCCAGUCUUCUGGCAUUAUAGCCCGCCUGUGCUGUUCAGCGAACUUUUGCACAGCUUUCGCCCCAUGGUGGUGGUGCGCGGCAACGAGACGGAUCACUGCGUGGCCAUGGAGUGCAUCAAGGCCAAGAUUCCGCUGGUGUCAAUCUGCUUGAGCGAAACCCACAAGGAGGCCCUCACUGCUCAGGUGAAACGACGCUUGUGGAAGGCCAUGCAGACGGAGAGCGUCCCGGAAGUCUACGAGCCCACCCUGGCAAAGUUGCUUUCUGAGUCGUCAUCUGACGGCACGUCAAAGAACCAGAAGAAGACGAAGCCAGAGGCCAAGAAGCGAGCCAAGAAGGCAGAAGAGGGCGAGGACGACAAGGAGGCCAAGACUGAGGAGACGGGCGGCGAGCCAGAGCCCAAGAAGCCGAAGAAAGGUGGCCGACCGACUUCGUCGGCCAACGCCAGCGCCGCUGAGACUGCUCGCCAGGCGCUCUUGGCGAAGCUGAUGGGCAAAUCAUCUGAGUGA